CUUGUCUUUGUGUCUUGUUGACACAAAAAGUUUAAUAUAAUAAUUAAGUUUUAAUAUAAAUAAUUAAGUAAUUAAAUAAAAAUUAUAAUAAUGGGUGUUGAAGAGCAAGAAAAUUUAGUUAAACUUGGUAGUUAUGUGGUUGUACAAAAACAAAAUUUUCGUAAGCUUGUUAAAAUAACAGACAAACCAACAUUUACAUUGGGCAAAGAAUUUAUUGAAAUGGAGCAAUUACCAGGUAAACCAUACUGGACAACAUUUAAAAUGGUUAGUUCUAAAAAUGGCAAAAGAAAUGUUGCACUUGAAGUUGCUGAAAAAGCUGAUACAAUGGAAGAAUUAUGUAGAGGAAUUAUAAGUGGUACUGAUAAUCGUACAAUAACUGAUGAUAGUACAUCACAAAAAUUAUCAAGAGAAGAAAUUGAAGUACUUCGUGAUGCUGGUAAAUCAAGUAUUGAAAUUGUUGGUUCACUUAUUGAAAAUAGUUCAUCAUUUGCUGCUAAAACUGAAUUUUCACAAGCUAAAUAUAUCAAGAAAAAAGAAAAAAAAUAUUAUAGAUUUUUGAUGAUACAUAAACCAACUCUAUCAAUAGUACAAGAUAUUUAUUUUAAACAAGAUUGUAAUAAAAUAAAUUCAUUAAGAAUGGAUACAUUAUCACAAAUAUUAUCAUACAGUGAUGUUAAAGCUGAUGGUAAUUAUUUACUUUAUGAUUCUGGUUCAUGUGGUUUAACAGCUGCUGCAUUAUUAAGUAGAAUUGGAGCUAAAACAACUGGUAAUCUUGUACAUUUACAUCCUGGUAAUCAAGCACAAAUGACACUUGUUAAUGCAUUAAAUUUUCCUGAUGAACAAUUAAAAAGAAUGAGUACAGUUAAUUUAUAUACAUUUUUAAGAUUAAAUUAUCAAGGUGAAUCUGAAAUAAUACGUGAGCUAGUUAAAAAACAUAUAAUAUGGAAACAACUUAAAGAAUCUGAAAAAAAUAAUGGAGAUAAUGAAGAUAUUCCAAAUGCAAAAAGACGAAAAUUAAAUGAUGAAGAUGAUGAUGAUAAUGAUGACAAUGAUAACAAUGAUAUUGUUGUUGAUAAUGGUGAUAAUAUUAUUGAUGAUAUUAUUGAUGAUAAUAUUGAUGUACCAGAUACAUUUAAAGAACCAAAAUGGCUUAAUGAAACAAGACAAGCUGUUGAUUGUUUUAAAAAUACAAAAGCUGAUGGUUUAACAAUUAUUGCCAAGGAACAUCCGUCAAAUAUUAUUCAAGCAUUAUUAGAAUUUUUGGGUACAUCAAGACCAUUUGUUAUUUAUCAUUGUUAUCGUGAACCAUUACAAGAAACUUAUAUUAUGUUAAAACAACGUAGAGAUAUUGUUAAUUUAAAAUUAUUAACUAAUUUUUGUCGUAAUUAUCAAGUUUUACCAAAUAGAACACAUCCAGAAAUUAUGAUGAAUGAUUUAGGUGGUUAUCUAUUAACUGGUUAUCUUGUUGAUUAA